AUGAUAGGGUUGGGAGAUGUCUACAAGGUGGUUGCAACCAUGUUUCCACUCUAUGUAGCAUUGGUUUUAGGGUAUGGUUCUGUGAAGUGGUGGCGAUUGUUUACACCAGAACAAUGUGAUGCUAUAAAUCGGUUUGUCGCUUAUUUCACCCUACCCCUUUUCAUCUUUGAAUUCACAUCCCAUGUCGAUCCUUUCAAGAUGAACUAUCCCUUUGUUGCUGCUGAUGCAAUUUCAAAGGUGAUCAUUGUGGUGGUUCUGGCAUUUUGGGCAAAGUUUAGUAGCAAGGGAAGUUAUUGUUGGUCCAUAACAGGCUUCUCUUUAUCUACAUUAACAAAUUCCCUUGUUGUGGGAGUGCCUAUUGCCAGAGGCAUGUAUGGCCAGUCUGCUGUUGAUCUUGUUGUCCAAGGAUCAGUCAUACAGGCUAUUGUAUGGCUAACAAUUCUGUUGCUGGUUUUAGAGAUUAGACGGACUCAAACCGACUUUUAUUCCAGUGAUGAAACUGUGGGAGAUUCAAAGGCGGCUGACAAUUCUGUAAAAGAUUUGGAAGCAAAUUCAAGGGCUGUAGCAGAGACUAAACCAUCUUUUUGGUCAUUAGUGAAGAGGGUGUGGCAAAAGCUUGCCAUGAAUCCAAACUCUUAUGCUUGUAUCGUUGGCAUCACUUGGGCAUUAAUAGCCAACAGGUGGCAUUUUCAAAUGCCAGCUAUUAUGGAAGAUUCCAUAUUGAUAAUGUCAAGAGCUGGAACUGGAACUGCCAUGUUCAGCAUGGGGUUGUUCAUGGCUUUGCAAGAGAAAAUAGUUGCCUGUGGUACAAGCCUGACUAUUUUUGGAAUGGUUUUAAGGUUCAUUGCGGGACCAGCUGCAAUGGCAAUCGGUUCCAUAGCAGUAGGGUUGCAUGGAGAUGUUUUGCGUGUUGCCAUAAUUCAGGCCGCGGUGCCACAAUCGAUCACCUCCUUCAUUUUUGCCAAAGAAUAUGGUCUUCACGCAGACGUCCUCAGCACUGCGGUGAUCUUUGGCAUGAUCGUGGCCCUCCCGGUGAUGGUUGGAUAUUAUGCCAUAUUGGAGUUUUUACAUUGACCAACGUUGUAUCUCCCUCCCUAAUAAUUUUACA